AUGGAGAAUAAAUGGUCAAGGCAUGGUAGAAAUUCUGUGACUCCAGUGAAGCAAAGGAGGAGUGGAUAUGAGCCGUCUGAUGCUGAGACUGAAAUCUCAGAUAGUCCAUGGCACGGCGGCAAGAUGAGGAUUAAUGUUGGCUUGGAAUAUGAAGGGACAAAAGCAGAGUUGGAUUUGUCAAGAAACAUUAGCCCUUUGAAGCAGAGCACGAGGCACUCUUCAAGAAUUGAAUAUGAUGGCCCUUCUCUUAGAGCUAACUCUGUAGUGAGCCCCGUUCGAAGAAGAAAUAGCAGCAAGUCACCCUACAAGCCAAGGAGAGAUGAUGGUAAUGCACGAAAUUCACCGUUGGCGGGUUCUGAUCUUCUUAGAAAUAUUAGCCCCUUGUCAAAAUCUGAGCGCAGAAGACAUGUUUCACCUUUCCAAGCUGAGAGAGGAGAGCAUGAUUUGUAUGGCUUUGAUGAUGAGAUUGUGGGCUCAAACAGAAAGCAACAGCAUCACAGAAGGAACAGCAGAGAGGAGAAGAAACCAAACUACAGCAGGAGAUCAACAACUGCUCCAAGACAUAGAUCACCAAGAGAAGUUGACCAACAAAACAGUUAUGAGUCCCAAACACCAACUAAGGGGGAGAGAAGUAGAACACCAACUAAAGUGCAGAGAACACCAUCACCAUUGUCAAAAAACAUGGCUCAGAAACAAAGGCCAGUGAACUCCCAGAUGAAAUCGCCGUCCGUUGGUGAAAUCAAUGAAAUGCUUGCCAAUGCAAAGCUUGCUAGAACUUCUCCAAAUCCCAUGUCCAAUAACAAAACUCCAGUUUUUGGAAGCUCAGACUCCAUAUCACCAGGUGACAUCUUCUUUUCUAGAGAGUGCACAGUCAUGGCAUUGCCAAGAAAGGUCUUGACGAAAAAUGGUGAUUUUGAGAGCCCCUAUAGUCCCAAGCGCAAAAUGGUUCCCCAGAGAGACUUUGCUGCCUCUCAACACAGAAGCAGAACAAAUGGUAGUUAUGAUCUUAAUGGUAAUGGUAAAGGGACUCCAUCCCCUUAUGGCUUGUCACAGAUGACCACUACCACAUCAAGCUCCGCCGUGAGCAGGCAGAGCAGUGGUACGCUUAGCGUUGGAAGCGGCAAGAGGAGUGAUGCAAGUGGGACCACAACGGCAAGCAUGAGGAAAUUCACAGCCAAUCGAAGGAAAAGCGAAAGUCAGGCAUGGUUUUCGUGUAUGAGAAAGGGUGCUUGCAAGACUAACAAAUCACCUGAGCGUGGUACAUUCAAUGAAGCUGCAUUCAUUGAGAAGGCAUUUGUGGUUGAGAGUCUCAGACAGUUCUGGGCUGAUAAGCACCAACCCGCUUCGUUGAAUGGAUUCACUUGCCACAAACAAGAAGCUCAAAUUCUCAAGCAACUUGUGAUUGACAACAUCUCUCCUCAUAUUUUGUUCACUGGACCAUCUGGUUCGGGGAAGAAAGCUCUAACAAUGGCUUAUCUACGAGAAACAUAUGGUGAUUCAAGUUGGGAAGAACAAAAGCCAAUCCAAGUAGUGGUUCCAUUGACAUCCAGUGCUCACCAUGUAGAGCUCAAUGUACAAUUGGAAGCAAAUGCUAGAUAUGCAUUAAUGGGUUUGGUCAGGGAAAUAAACAAUGAGAAUGCAAUUGCUCCUGAAGUCAGCUCUGUUAAUUUCAAGGCAAAUCAUAAAGUGAUGGUUCUUUACGGUGUUGACAAAGCAGCAGAGCAUAUUCAGCAUUUGAUAAAAUGGAUAAUGGACUGUUACUCAGAAGCUUGUAAGCUCAUACUCUGCUGUGAAAACGAUGCAGCUGUCAUCGAAUCAGUGAAAAACCGGUGCAAGGUUAUCAAGGUUGAUGCUCCUGUAACUCAUGAAAUUAUGGAAGUUCUUAUUCAGAUAGCAAGGAAGGAAGACUUCGACCUACCUAUGAGCUUUGCUAAUAAGAUUGCUAUUAAAUCAAAGCAGAACUUGAGAAAAGCAAUCAUGGGUCUUGAAGCAUGCAAAGCACACAACUAUCCUUUUGGAGAUGAUCAACCAAUUCCGCUUGGAUGGGAAGAGGUGCUGCUUGAACUCGCUGCUGAAAUCCUAGCUGAUCCAUCACCUAAGAGAUUAUUUUUCAUCCGGGGAAAGUUUCAAAAGCUUCUCGUUGAUUUUGUGCAUCCGAAACUGAUUCUACUGAAGCUCGUGGAACAGUUCCUGAUGGGACUGCAUGGUAGUUCUAAAAGGGAACUUUAUUAUUGGCAUGCUUAUUAUGAGAAAAGACUCCCAGCAGGAGCGAGUGCUUUACUGAAACUAGAAGAAUUUAUGGCAAAGUUCAUGAGCAUAUACCGGAAGAGUUCCAACAAUCGUCAAAAUGCUUAG